GAAUAAUUCAUGUGUGUGGUGAGAGUUGGGUAGGUAGGAAAGGACUUGAGUGAGGACACAGAGAAGGAGGGGUGAAGCUAUGGAUGGAAAGAGAAAGAGGCUGUUGCCAGGGAACGGCAGCCACAUUGAGGACCACUGAAAACAACAGCAAGAAUAUCUAAUGGAAUGAAGGGACCCAGACUAGUGUUUUUUUUUUUAAUCCAAAGUUGCUGUAGUGAUAUAUAAGCUGCCUUCACAGAGAGAUUUGGAGGAUUUUAAAUGAAGGAUUUGAAUUGAUGUCUGGGAGCAGAAAGACACCCACAAAUGCAUUUGGAGCUACAGGCAGAGAAAACAGCAAGAUAGAGGGAGAUCAUGAUGCCAGAGCAGAUGCGUUCUGAUUAAAGGAAUUUUGUGUCUUGGUGUUGUGGAUGUAGGACCAAAGAGGCGGGCUGUCGGCUCGCUCUUCACGGCCAGUCUUUUUCCAACAAAGGUGGCCAGAGGCAGAGGAGAGGAGAGGGGUCCAGCACAGAGGUGCCCCCUGUCUUCAGACACCUGCUGCUGGCUCAUGGCUGACAUUGGGGACACUGUAUGACUGUGUCUUUGCAUGAGCGUGUGCAUGUGAAUGAGAGGAGAAAUUUCAGCCUGACCUCUGCUUUGCUGUGGGUGUGGGGGAUCAGAACUUUCUUCUCUUCAACGCUUUGCAUCUUUGGCUGAAGAGCAGGACGAAGGACACACAGAUACAGACCAGCGAGGGGUUUCAGUGAGAUUGCAAACCGCUCAUGUGAGUAUAUUCACUGACAUGACAUGCAUGCAUUUUACUCUGCACCCUGCACAGGCAGACACCUUUAACUGACUGCAUGCAUACUGAAAUGUCCACUCACACGAGAAAUGCAGCUUUGAAUGGAUGUGCCAUUUCAAGUGACCUAGAAAGGCUGUGAAACCAUUUAACGCUGCGUUGUAUUUACCUUUUUUUCAUGAUAAAUAUCAUUUAGUAGAGUGAACAGGUUGACAGAUGCACUAUAAUACACGUUGUUCCAACUCUUGAUCACACAUUUGGUUGCUUUCUUCUUACCUAUUGCAGAUUGACAAUGCAAAACGUGAAUGCUUUCUCCCUUAAGAAUGAUGCCACAUGUACAAACAAGAGUGUUAUCUGUUUGUGGGUUUGGCUCCAUAAAACAGUCAUGUAAAAUAUGGAAAUAAUUAAUUUUCUUUUGGUGAGGCUUGACUGUUUUCCUACUCAUCAGCAUAUGUUGCUGCCAAAACCACCAAAACCACUCCACUCCCUCUUUUAGUUACAGCACAGACAGCCAUGCUUUUCUUGUCUUCUUUUCAUCAGGGUUAUGAACUGCCAGCAAGAACCUCAGGAAUACACUGGAUUUGUUUAUAAUAACAGCCUUUAGUUGCAGUACAUUCACAUACAACACUGUAAUCUUUGAGUACUUCUUGACUUUAGUACUUUACAUCUCUGCUUACAAGUAAAACCUACAACACAGACGUGGGCAUCCUUAGUCACUGAGACAAUGUGGAUUUUACAUUUGACUAGAGAACUACAUAGAAAGCAGGAUUUCAGGUCCAAUUAAACACUCCUAGUGCUGCUCUCAUGCUGUUUAGCAGCCACCAGCGCCUCUUUUUACUGUUGUCUUUUGUGUUGUGAUAAUGCAUGUGUGAGAAACUCCUAUAAUCUAGAGUGGAGUACAUCCUAACAAAAGCAUGUCCAUUCUUUUUUGAUUGGGGUGGCCUGACUGGGGCAUUGACAUGCAGAGUACAUUAAGUACUAUAUGUGUGAGCACACACAAACAGCCAACCACUGGUUAAAUCUAAUUUACAUACUAGUAUUUGGUAAGGUUUUGAGUUUUGCAAAAAACAUCACAAACUCAGUCUCUGUGAGGGAUCUACAGUCUUCAUAUAAAUAUUACCAAUUUUAUUAGGGCCAUUGUCAAAGCAAAUCCAGUCUAGUCCAGAACACAUGGUGUGUUUUUUUUUUGCAACCAACCAGUUGAUGUGUGUAACUCUAACCUUUGACAUCUUGGCAUAAUUCCAGUACCAUUGGAAGAAAUUUGAGGACUGGGAGAAGGAGGGGUUUUGCAUACAUGCUUGUGCAAAUCAUUCCUGCAUCCACAAGAGGCAUCUAGAUCACCUUAUAGAGUCCUUUUUCUAAGGUGGGCUACAGAAACAAAGCAGAGUCCAUUUUUCUCCCUCAUUCUCAGGAUUGCCCGGCUUAAGGACAAACAUGUUUUUCUUGACACAGGACUCUUUAGUUGUCUAAACCACAAGACAAAAUGUAAAUCAAUAUUAUAAGUCAUGAUUAAUGGUACUGUCGGUCAAAAAUACAUUUACCGUCAACUUCCUAGCAUCAAAUCAUUUAAAGCAGUUGUGGUUUUUUGUGUUUUGUUUAAUGUGGGUAGCAAAUGUUCUUUUAUUUAGAGUAACAACAAAAAAGGAUUAGAUUUAAGUACAAAGAAAGCUACAAGCAGCUUAUUGCAACAAAGUCCAGACUUGGUUUUAAGAGAAGUCCUCUUCCGUCUGGGCAAUUGGCCAAUCAUUGGCUAAGUUCAGAGUUGAGGGGUGGCACCAGGGCAGGCGAAUCAGAUUUCAGGGGGGUCAGUACCACCCCUGGCUGCCCCUCUGGACAUGCCCCUGCACCCUAAGGCCCAUCUUGGCAGACGACGUGGCAAAGAUUCAUCAGCAAGUGAAUUGCUUUCAUUCUAUUCAAGCUUAGUGUUUUCUGAUAUUAUAACCAGCUACAUAAACAUCAGUAUGAGAAGAGAUCAAACAGGCUGCGGUCAGUCUCAGUGGUAGGAUUAGGGAGCAAAGAAAGGGGAUUAAAUCUGCACGUUUUACUCCUCACUGGCUUCUUGAGUUCCACCCAGGAAGACAUAAGAAAAUAAUAUUACACUUGAAAGAAAUUGGAGUUCAGAGAGUGGGAUCUGUCCAAGUCAGUCACAUGCCUCUCACAUGUGCUUCACCGGGCGAGGGGAUAAAAACCAUGUGAUCAGCAGCCCCCAAAUUGUCUUGAACAUUAUUUGUAUAAACACUUUGUUUCUUACAAUGUCGAUACCUGUGUCUUUACUGUUGCCAUGGAUCUGAUUGUCUAGUAAGUACACCGAUGUUGUGAGACAGUUUUCGUUUUCUUCUGUUUUAUGUGUCUGCUAAAAUCUUUCCUGUUACCUCCAGGCCCUGGCUCUCCUCUCUGAGGGAUGGGCACCACAGAGGCAACACUGCGAAUGGAGAACAUGGAAGUGAAAGACGAGUGGCAGGAUGAGGACUUCCCCAGGUGAGGGAAACCCCUUUACUUCUCAAUAAUCAUCAUGAUUUAAAUCUUUCUUUUGGUUUGAGUUCAAUAUUUAAUAACUAUGAUUUGGCUGAGGGAAAGAUGCAUCUUCAAAGCACAUUUAAAGCUCUGUGUUGUGCCUGCAGCAUGUUCUUGUGUUUGUGCGUGUUAAUGAAUAUGCAGCAGAUUUGAGUUCAUGCAUAAAUACCCCAUAUCAAAGAUGAACUUGGAUUUUUGCUUCAAGGACAGGAUAUUUUGGGUAAAAUGGGAAACUUCACUAUUGAUGUUACUUAGAGUUUAUAGAUUUACUCUCUUUUAUUUUCUAAAGAUUUACUUAUUUUUUAUAAUAGUUUCAUAGGCGGAGGUUUUCUUUUCUAUGUCUGACGGGUUUACCAGUUGUCUAAUACAAAUAAAACUAAUUCUUUGGAUGUGAAAUGAUUGAAACACAGAGGGACACUCUGGAUUGACACCGCUGAUUAAGAAUUUGUCAAAGAGGGAUGAAUCAUAAAAAGGAAGAUAGAUGCAGAAGCAUGGAUCAUCAGUGAUUGAGAUGCAGAGGUUGAUGGGCAGAAAAAGAGCAAACAGGGGACAAUACUCCCCCUCCUCCUCCUCCUCCUCCCUCCUUCUUCCCCUCCUCCGUCAGAUUGGGAGGCAGGAAGCCAGGGAGCAGGUGCAGCUCUGUCUGUAAAUGGUCUCAGGCUACGUCACGUGACGCUAUAGCAGUCGCUGAUCAACAACAGAGCAUCGCCAGGAAAAUGGAGGCAGGUUUUGGUUAAAGACAGACAGAGACGCAGCAAAUGUAUUAUCAGGGUAGCCUGUGAGAGAUGCUCUGCUCUGGGUGCUGCGUUUUCAUCUAAUAGGACAGGGAAUGAUUAAGCAAACAGAGUUUAAAGGUGUGAGAGGCUAAAAAGCUCAUCUGAGUCAUCUCUGUGCUAUUUCCUGAAGGUAAGCAUCAUUAUUUCAUACUGAUAUUGAUGUUUGUAGCUGAAGGACAAUGAAGCCCUGACUAGAACAAGAGAGGUUAUCGUGCUGUUGUUAAAAGAAAGAAUUAAUCCAUUAAUCUGUGACACUUUUAUAAAGGGGGUUCAAUUCUAACAAUAGGAAGCAAACACUGCAGGGGUCCCUAGGGGACCACGGCGGGUGUUGUUGGCACACACACUGCUACACACUGCACUGUCCUCUUCAAGAUGGGAGUUGGCUUUCUCACUGAAGCAGCCAAGAUGAGCACAGAGGCUGUGUCGCACCAACAAAGAUGGUGUAAAACUUGUUUACCUUGGCUGCUCCCAGUGUUGUAGCUAAUAUGCAAAAAGCUCAGGCACAUGGAAGCACAUCUAAUGUGAGGAUGUGUGCAUGGUUGUGUUUUCUGAACAGUAAACACAGUCUAUCCUACACAGAGGCACACACAAACAGAUUUUGACCUCCCACUCCUUCUUAUGUGCAAGGAGGGUGUGAGCAGUAAAUAGCAGGCAGCGUGUUAAGAGAGCUGCACCACUGUGUCAGUAUGCAGAUGCUCACUUCUGUCUCUGUCUCAAAUUGCCCCUCUCCUCUCCUCUCAUUUCCCCUCCCCUCCUGUUAUGUCCACUCUUUCGCCUCCUCUCACCCCCUGCCUGGCAGCCCUGUAAUCUUCAUCUCUCCCCUGAGAGAGGUUAAUUACCAUCUCCAUCCUCCUCUGCAUGCUCCACUUUUUAGCACUUAGCCAGAUCAGUGACAACACCCACACUUUGACCGCCUCAUUGAACAACAUCCUAAUCACAAUGUUAUCAAUAGGCCAUCAUUAUGGACUUAUUAUCUGGAGUAUUUGCAGAUACUGAAACUGCUAAAAUUUAAAAUUUUAUUCACAGAUGACACAAAUCUAUAUUAUAAUAAGUAUGCAGAAGAAUGCAUCCAUCCACAUAUUAUCUAUACUGCUUAUCCAAGGUUGCAGGGGGCCAGAGGCUGUCAUUGGUGAGACAAAGGAUACACUCUGUGCAGUACAGGUCUAUCACAGGGCUAAGAAAUGUUGAUUGUUUACUUUUUCAUUUUCUGUUUGUGUAAAUCUCAAACCUAGAAAUGAAAGUGUUGCCCAUAAAUACAUGUUAUAUCACAGUAUUUGAAAAGUUGGUGUUUAUCAGUAUGGACUGAACCAUGUUGUUUGUGUGUGUGGGUGGGAUGGGGUGCAAAUAAAGACUUAAAUAAACUACUGCAACAAUAAAUUCUAAUACUUCUACUAAAGAUGCAACAAAAUAGAUGUUAUUGUUCUGAAUCUGAGGAUGCUUUCUUUUAAUAUCUAGUAAUAUUUUACACAGCUAGAUCAUUAUCAUAAGACAUAAAUGUAGUAUAAACACGAGUCACUUCCCUGUUUUUGUUUACCACUAGACCGCUUCCUGAGUACGGCGACAUGGAUCCCUCUUGUGGUCUCACAGACGACAGGGCCCGUAAGUAAAACUGUAGGAUAAAGGGUUCUAUAUUGAUUAGACCACAAUAUCAUCAUCUCAUGACUUGAGUUACGUUUCCUCAACUGUUUUUCUCCUCCUGAUCUGCUGCUGCAGCCCCUCCUAACACGCUGACUGUGAGCCCACCAGGAGGAGGUGAAGGCAUGUCUUCCCACAGAAAACGUCGCACGCUGAUUGCCCCGGAGAUGAACCUCUCAUUGGACCAGAGUGAGGGCUCUUUGCUGUCAGAUGACUUCCUGGAUACCCCAGAUGACCUGGACAUAAAUGUUGAUGAUAUUGAUACACCUGAUGAGACAGAUUCUCUGGAGUUUAUCACUAAUGGCAAUGAGCUGGAGUGGGAAGGUGAGCUUUGAAAAUGCCCCUGUAUGAUCGCUGAUUGUCCACUAUUUUAACCCCUUUUAUUUUGCUCUCAUUAAGCCAUAACACUGACCUUUAUCUGUCUAAAUAAGCUAUAACAUUAUAUUUCCCUUCAUCAGAAUCUUGUUUGUAAUUGACAAAAAUCUCAAUGUCACAUAUUUUGGUGGCCUAAUCUGUCUCUUUAUCUGUCCAGAUGACACACCUGUAGCCUCGGCCAAAGCAGGACCAGGGGUCAGUUCAGGACAAGCAGAUGAAGACGGUAAUGCCAACAGUGGACGUCUGUGGAGGACGGUGAUCAUUGGAGAGCAGGAGCAUCGUAUUGAUAUGCAGGUCAUCAGACCGUACCUGCGGGUCAUCACACACGGGGGUCAGUCAAUUUGAUAACUCAUGAGUUGACAAAACAAACAGUUUACCACUAACACAACAACAUAUACAACUUAUAUUUACAUGGGUAUUACAAAGUGAGAUCUAUUUUCCUCUGAAUGAAGCUGUAAAAGCUUUCCUCCUCUCCUGUUGUGGCAGUAUGUAGUGUGAAACAUUAUUUACCACUGAAAUUCUCCCCUAUCAGGUUACUAUGGCGAGGGCCUCAACGCCAUUAUUGUUUUCUCUGCGUGUUACCUUCCGGACAGCAGCUGUUCAGACUACCACUACAUCAUGGAGAACCUCUUUCUGUGAGUCAGCCCGGGAUGACUCUUGGUUUACAAGGACAAGAUUUGAUUCUGAUCAGGAAUCAGCCAACUAUGAUAAAAUUUUUCAUAAUAGUUUUAUGCUAACAUGUUAUCAUGAACCAAAGACAAGUCUGGGUCAUGUUGUUUUGGCUCUUUUUAUGUGCCAAUAGCUCUGUCUGUUGUCUCAUUAUCCUCACGACUCCUCACUCUUUUAUUCAGAUACGUGGUGAGCAGUCUGGAGAUGCUGGUGGCUGAAGAUUACCUGAUCAUCUACAUGAACGGAGGCACACCCAGGAAUAAGAUGCCCGGGAUCAGCUGGCUGAAGAAAUGUUACCAAAUGAUUGACAGAAGGUGGGUAAUAAGAAACUGAGUAGAAGCCACUGCAACAUUUUGAUUAUUUUUACAUGAGUUAGACCCACAGUAUCACUGAGUGCAGACUUCAUCUACUGCAAGAAUCUGUGGAUUUUUUUUUAAACCUUUAACCUUUACCUCACUGUUUAUUCAAAAUACAGCUUUCUAACCUGUGAACACUUACCAAACUGUGGAUGUGCUCAUUAUUUGUAUUUAUCCACAGGUUAAGAAAGAACCUGAAGUCUUUGGUCAUUGCUCAUCCCACCUGGUUCAUUCGUACUGUCCUGGCUAUAUCAAGACCAUUCAUUAGGUAAGACCAAAAAACAUUUUUGAAUCAAUCGCUCAAAUGUUCACGUGUUUAGACUGAAAUAGCAUCAAUAACUUGGCAGCUUGUUUCAAACAAUGAAAACUGGGUAACGCUUUAUAUGAACCCACCUCUUAUAAUGCAGCAUAACCACAUUUAUAAAGCCUUAGACACGUAUCGACAAGGUUUUAUAGCUCAUAGCAUUACACACAUUAAAAAUAAUACUUAUAAAGGUAUAAUUUAAAAUGCAUUCUUAAAAUUAUUGUAAAAAGAACUGUGUGCUACAUGUGUUAUUAAAAAAGCUGUAAUUUGUAUCAUUUCCAAGUUGGAAAAUGUCUUAUAAUACUCGCAACAUGCUAAGACAUGUAAUACUGUUUUUAUUCCUCAGUUGUGAGUUUGAUCUAAACUGGCUCCAAAAUUUAAAUGGUUUGUCCAAACUAACUUCACCUUUCCAGUGAUUUUUAUAACAUCAGAUUUUUUUUGGUUGUAUUUCUUUCAAACUGACAAUUUCUGACAAUGUAACACAACGCCUGUGUUCAAAUAUUUGUUUGGCACAAAAAUUUAUGAACUAGUAAGAUCCAAGUCAUUGUAUCCUCAGUCUUUCCUCUAUGAAACAACAAGGGUUUAGUUCAGAGAUGCUACCUUGUAUAUGAAACACGAUAGUCGUAUAAUACUGUAUAUAUCACUGUGACAUCUGUGACUUGCAGACUGUUACAGUGGUUGUGUUGUUGUUGCCCUGUCACUUUCUGCAGUGUGAAGUUCAUGAAUAAGAUCCAGUAUGUCCACAGCCUGGAUGAACUAGCAGAGAUCGUCCCCAUGGAGCAUGUCCAUGUUCCUGAGAGUGUGGUGCAGUAAGUACAUUUGACCAGUAGAGGGAGGAAAAGAGCGGCAGCUGUGAUGAUGUAGGGCUGUUCAUAUAUAUCUGUAGCACAAAAAGUCUUGUGUGGCAUUUAAUGUGUUUGAGUGAAAGACUUCUUUAAAAUGACUUGAGUUAGAGAAUAAAGUGAAGCUUUAACAGUGUAACUCAUUUUCAGAUUUGACGAGGAGAGGAUUAAAGCACGGAGGGAAAGGUAAAACAUGUCAGCCAUGUCUUGUCUAAAUUAGAUGAAGCAUCAAAACUAAAUAAAUUUGCUUCUGAAUGCUUUUAAUCUAUGCCCAUUUUAACUCUGUGCACCUGCAUCCCUGUUUUGUGUGAAUAUGAAGGAUGGAGCAGGAGAGCAGACAGCAGGAGCAGCAGUCAGUCCCACAGGAACCAAUGAAAAAGUCAGAGAGGUACAAGAUCCCGCAAGAUUUUGCUUUAUGAUAAAAACUAGUUUAGAAACCCAUCUUUUUAAAAACACAUUAAACACUUUAGUCGAGACAAGUUUUCGAUAAACAUUUUUCUUCCUUUUUUAGGCCAAAGUCAACGAUCGUAGAAUGAGGAAAGACAAAAAGACCGACUCUUCAAGUGAUGGUAAUUUAAACCAGUUUAAUAUUUCUUCUUGAGUGUCCUUUUGAGUGUUUCUUUUGUUUUAAUCACCACUGAGCCUUAACAUUGUCACAGAGACAGAUUAAUAUUGAUAAACUGCAGACUACAAGAUUUUUACUAAUGAUUUCAGUGCACUUAAUGGAAGAAAGUUUUUAAUUAAAGUUAGUUUUACUUAAAGAAGCAUCCCAAUCAGCAAAAUAUUUAUGUUUUUACACAGUUUUAGGAAACACUCAAAUGCAUUUUUUGGGUUCACUGCAGGCUGGAAUUCAAUAGUUACCUUGCCUUGUUGCAUUUGCAUGAGCAUUGAGAUCUCUAAAGAACAAGUAUUCACAAGUGCAUUGUUGUUCGAAGAGCAGCCAGAGUGCUCAAGGAGAGAGGGAUUUAUAUGCAAUGGGGGGUUGGGGGUGUAAAGGGUUUUAUGUGUUGUCUUUUCAAACAUUCAUUUAAAUCCUGGUUCACAUUCAUCAAGUUGACAAUCCUCUAUUGUCAGGGAAAUGAUUUUCUAACUUUAGACUCGCUUUCCUCUUCUGCUCUUUUCUUUGAUGUGUUGCUUUUCUGACUUGAGUAUGCAAGAAUCUAGUUAGCUUCACUGCAGGACUGAUUUUAGCAACAAAUCGAGAGAAUUUGUAAGAGUUAUUUAAGGAGGUAUGUGAUGGUUUACUCUGAAUGAGUCUGAUUGGACCUGGGAUGGAGACACAGAGGAGGAAAAAGUGUGAAAGUAGUUAACUGGUGUAACUCAGAGGUGACUCCAGCAGGCUUGAAGGACUGAGGCUGGUUUGUUUGGUCUGGGGCUGAAGCUGACAGGAGGGGGCAUUUGAAAGAGCAGAGGGUUCAUCCACUGGUUAUAUAAUAACAUAUUGUUCAGUAUCUCACAAAACAGGCUGGGCUACCACAGGGGAACCAAAGAGGUGCAUUACCUGCUGCUGCUGCUGAUUGGGGCUCGAUGGGCUGCAGCUGUGUUGAGAGGCCUCAGAGCAGGAAAAGCAAACUUCCAGCCUCUGAAAGAAUAAGACCAAGAAACACAAAAACACACAGCCGGUCCAUAACCAAUCCCAAACUAACAACAAUUAACACUUAACCACAAAAUUAAACACUGCAGGUCUACCAAAACUGGUAAAGCUGACUGAAAAUGCAUUAUCCUGUCAUGAGGGAGACCUGUGACAAGGGCAUUAUUCUCCCUAUUGAAUACACAGCACCUAUAAGAGAAUGAGUCAUGCCACUCCUCAGAGCCAGGGUUAUUAUGACGUACACACUCUAGGAGCUGGUUGAAGCCAGCUCUCAGAGGGAUAUUUACAGUAGCCUGCUGUAACUGACAAGCUGAAAAUUUCUUUGAUAAAGGUCAUGCGACUCAAACAAUGUUAUGGCACACAGAGAAGUCAUAUGAGCGACAUGGAAAAACAAAACAAAACACUUAGACCAGAACCAUGACCUUAGUGAAAGAGAACUGGACCAGGACUCAGUCUAACCUGGCAUAUUUCCAAUUUAACAUUUACACAAGACCAUACAGGUUUUGACUCCAGCAUAUAUUCUGUUUCACAGGCAGAGACAAAAUUAAACUGACAUAUUUCUUAUUAUGAGUUUUAACUGAUCUUCAUAAUAUCCGAAAACAUUUAAUUCUUUUUGCACUGUCUGUUAUGAAUGAACAUAUUCUCAUGACACAUGAAAACUGUGUUACACCACAUCACCACAUCGCAUCAAAAUGACUUUUUGUCUUGUCAUUUUCAGAUCAAGAUGGUGACAGCUCCUCCCUUCUGUCCUCCAUAGACUUUCACAUCCCAGCUCAAAUGUGUUAAAGGAAGUUGUUGCUCUGUCACCUUAGAAGCUGUUGAUGUCUUUGUCAGUUUGUUAACAUACAUUUGAAAUUAGCAAAGGUAUAUUAGGUUUGGGCCUGGCAUUUGUGGCAUGUACAUAUGUAUAAAUGAUUUAACAUUUUGUGAGACUAGAGGCAUCUAACAACAACAUCACAGUGUUACUGAUGCUGAGCUUUUGUCAAGUGUGUGACUGCCAAACUAAGCUGGUCACACAUAUUUCCUUUAUGUGCAAGGGUAAUGUGUAAAUACUGAUGGUUUUGCGAUGCUUUGGAUGCCUUCAUCUUUAUUUAUGUGCCAUACCUGCUGUGUAACAUGGCCUUCUCAAGCUCUCUCUUCUGCUGUACUACAUUUUAAAGAUCUCCUAACACUAACGUCUGUACUGUUUGUACUUUGAGUUAUGAUGUGCCUCUGUCGUCUUAUGCUUAAAAGAUGGAUUUUUUUUUGCCUGGAGUAGAAAUGAGAAAAUUGCAUAACAGGACUUUCUUUCACAUUUUUUCCCACAAACAUCAUUAUGCAUUGUUGAUUGUGCAUUACCUUAGGUUACAUUUACUCUCUCUGAUGUCUUCCAUCAGUUGUAGCAGGAGGACAGAGGGAUACGUGGGUACAAGUAAGGUAUUUUUAUUUUUGUAAAGAAAUGUAUAACUGUAGGCUAUAGCCUGCCUGCCUCAUUUUGCACUAUUGAAUGGUUUUGGCAGAUUAUGUGAUUGUGUUAAGGGGUAAAAUUGUCCUCCUGAAAACCAUUUGCCAUUUGUUUUUAAGAUAGAUGACUGAUAUUAGGCAGUACUGUAGCUGUUACCAUGGGAUGAUAAUGCCUAUGCUUCUUUUGUACAGAAAUAGGAUUCAUGUCAUUUCUGUUGCUAAAGUGCCAACUCGGUUUAGUGUUUGUCUUUUUUUUCUGCCUUGCUGGUGCAGGAAUGUCAAAAAACCUUCAGCUUUUAAGACCCAUUUAGUCCUGUGUUCAACAACAAACCAAACUUUAGCAGUUCAGUCCUUCAAUUUUAUCCUCAAAUGCAACAUUUUAUGCAGCUCUUCAUUCUUUGGGAACAUUUCUUUGAGAUUUGUUAGCUGCACUGAGUGCCUAUUAUCAAACUAAAUGUUGAAGAGAAAUCCAGAAAAUGUGAAGGAAUGCAAUUCAUUGCUUCUUUGUUUUGGUUAAAGGGGUUUGUAACAGUCACACAAAAGCAAGGUUUGCAUAGAAGUCACUGAUCUGCUCUUGGUCAUUUAACCAGAUAAGCACAACAUUUAUAGUAUAACAAAUAGUCUGCCUUCCAUUUGUCUGCUGUUCAGUGUUUGCUCCGAUCAAGAUGGGAUGGAUGAUGUAACAUUCAUGGAUCUUUGAAUUUAUAUGAUUGUUUGUCCUUGUAGAAAUGAUUGAUUAAACUGUUCCUCCAAAAUAAUGUUUGUUUUUUUCAUGAAUGAACUUAAA